GACGUUUCUGCAGAGAAACAGAGGAUUUAUCCAUUUUUAACCAAUAACGUGAGCAAACCGACAGAGGAAACACGUAUUUAUUCAUCGUAUUGGAGAUUAUUAGGAGAAUAUAUUAACUGUGUGGUUUUCCUGUGACGUCCGGGACCGGAAAAGAGCCGUUUCCCCCCGACAGCUGGUUUGCGGAUUCCCCCCUACAAGCUUGAAGCUGUGUGAGCCGGCUGAGAUGAGCGGUCCAGAGGUGGCCAAGACACCGGGAGGUGGAGCUCCGGGCAAGGAGGGAAAGGAGCAAGUGGCCAACGGGCACGCAGGAGAGGGCAGCGACUCCAACCCAUUCGCUGAGUACAUGUGGAUGGAGAAUGAAGAGGAGUAUAACAGACAGGUGGAAGAGGAGCUGUUGGAGCAGGAGUUCUUGGAGCGCUGCUUCCAGGAAAUGCUGGAGGAGGAGGACCAGGAUUGGUUCAUCCCUUCACGUGACCUUAACAACCAGGGGGUGGGGCAGCUGCAGCAGCAGCUCAACGGCCUGUCCGUCAGCGAUCACCACAACAACCCGGAAGAAGUGGCGAGGAAGAGCAUCUUGAAUCCCGAAGCAAAGGAGUUCGUCCCGGGGAAGAAAUACUAGGAGUCCCCCUCACCCCCAUGGAGCCACACACACACACACACACACACACACGUUCUCACAUAUUCCCAGAGACUCUGGCGGCCACGACCGCACACACACUGAUUCACACACAGACACACACACACACACACUCACUCCUACACACUUGAAGUCAUUGGCGUGCUGGCAGGCCCAGUUGGGGGGUGGGGGGAUUUCUUUUUCUUUCUUUCUUUCUUUCUUUUUGUUUCUUUAAUCUUUUUAUUUCUUGUAAACUGAGGGACAUUGGGAACAGGGGUGGGGGAGGGGUGUAAUACCAGCACCGCCCUACUGCGGGCGCUAGCUCAUCAUUGCAUUUCAGAUGACACUGGUGAUGUGUACAGAGUAUGCAGAUCUUAUUGAUGUCCCCUUGGAACUGAGGCAGCUACCAAGGAGUGAUGCCAGGACAAAACAUCUAAUAAAUAUGAAAAAUUGCUUCA